CAACUUUCCAAAUCUAUCGAUAAUUGCCGCGGAGCUAUAAAUGCAUGAAUAAGUUGUUGUUUGACCGAUCAAGUGGCAAUCUUGGCCCUCCAGCCUUCGCACGAAUUCAGACCUCAGCGCUCGUUCUUGCGAUUCAGCCUGCCCCAAGGCUGCGGUUUAAUGGCGGCGAGAAAGAGGCUGCCAUAGAAGACGAUACCAGUGAAGGCGUAGGAUCUCAAGCAGAACCAUCCACUGAGACUAAGAUAUGGGCUCAUCAAGCGGGAGUCAAUGCUCUCGCUUUGGACAUCGAGAGCAGAAUUUUGAUAUCAGGGGGAGCAGACUCCUCCAUCAAGCUCUGGGAUCUUGAAGAGCUUACCGCAGGGUCGAAGCAUAUUUUCAGACCAACUGGGAUAGUUCCAAGGACUGCGUCUGCACACAAAUUUGGCAUCACACACCUCAGUUUCUAUCCCUUCGACUCAGCAGCCUUCCUGUCCUCAUCUUACGAUCAUCACCUGAAGCUGUACGCCACCGAGACCCUUUCAGUGAACGCGAACUUCGAUUUGAACUCGAUCAUCUAUACCCACGCUCUUUCGCCCAUUGCAAGUCACGUCUUAGUUGCAUGUGCCACACAGCAUCCUGCCGUCCGACUCGUCGAUCUUCGAACUGGUUCGAGCACACAUUCGCUAGUUGGUCAUCAUGGGGCCUUAUUAUCUUUGGCAUGGAGUCCGACUUUGGAACAUAUUCUAGCAAGUGGAGGUAUUGAUGGGACCGUGCGGCUCUGGGAUAUCAGGAAAAGUUCUGGUGCUUUGGGGGUCCUGAAUAUGGAAGACUCAACAGGAAUCACUGGUAUGGAUGGGGUGGGGAGAAGUGCUCGUGCUCGAGAUGUUGGAAAAGCACACACCGCUGCUGUGAACGGAAUUACCUGGACUGACGAUGGGGCAUAUUUGAUAACAGCGGGCCACGACGAACGAAUCCGCGUAUGGGACGCCGCAACAGGAGCCAAUACUCUUGCGAGCUUCGGUCCGAUAAUUAAGAAUGGUCACCUCUCAAACCUACCACUCGUCGUCUCCCCAAGCCUAGCUUCCUCCCCUGGAAAAGAGAUUUUAUUCUACCCCAACGAGAAGGAACUUCUUAUGUUUGAAUUACAUGAAGGGAAGCUUCUCAAACGCCUCAAGGUUCCAGGACCCACUAUAGCCGCCGUGAAAUCCAGAACAGGAGAAAGAAACAUCAAGAAUCGAAUAACAGGACUCGUGUGGAGAGGACAAGCUGAAGGAAUAUACUCUGCCCACACUGAUGGUCAGAUCAGAGCCUGGCUACCAAGGACUGCCGAAGACGAACUCCUUGAUAAAGAAGAGGAAGACAGCCUGAAGCGUCAGGAUGAUGAUCAGGACGAAGGUGUGAAGCGUAAGCGGCAAGUUCUCGACGAUGUGUUCCGGGACUUGACCAGGCAGAAGAUAACGUUUGGCUGAACUCCACUGGGUAUUAAGUCUGGAUCCUAAGUAUAUGCAACUAUACUAUUUCACCAACUCCCAAAAUGCAAAAAUCAUUUUAAGUGUCUCGAUAUCACACCAUUUCCUUCUCCUUUCCAUUGUCCAUGACCACCUUCAACUCAUGUUCCGCCUCCGCCAUCUUUCCUCUAUUCGCCCUCCGCUUUUGGUCAAUCUUCUCCCUCCAUCCCCUCCCCCAAAGCACAGCAGCCCACGUUGCCAAGCUACUGACCACGAGAAACAACGCUGAAAUUGUAGAGAACCACCCAACACCAAUCUUCUCCACAGCCGGCAACACAGUCGCACUUCCCAACGCUGCGAACAAGUAUCGGAUCAUGUAGUUCCCGGCAAUCACCUCGGCCCCAUUCUGCUGCAUCACAUCCAGACAAUACGUAUUCAAACUUGGAAAGCAAAACAACUG